AUAUGUUUAAAUUUUUUGAUAGUAGAAAAAUUACUAUACAAAAUUACUUUUUUAAUUAAAUUGGCCGUGAGUCGACUUGUACCCGCUGAUGUUCUAUUUAUGUAGGUAUUAGAAUUGUGGAAUUCAUUGAAGGUAAUUGAAUCCUGAAGUUUAAAAGCAGCUUGGGCUGAAAUAAUUCUUCUUUCAAAUUAAAUGCACUAAGAUGGACAGAUUUUACGUUCCAAAAAAAGUUAAUCGCCAUGUAUAUCAUGCGCUUCAGGAUUUGACUUCGGUCCAAGGCCUUAAUGAGAUCUUAAGUGAAUCUGUUCUCAUAAACACUGUACUCUAUCAUAUGAGGAAUUUGGUACCUGUAAGAGGAUUAAGGUUUUACAUCAAAGUCUCUAUAAAAAAUAUGGAAUUGAUGAAUAUCAUUACACGUAUUGAUAAGGAUACACUUCGUUAUAAUUGUGAUCCAAGGCGUAAGUCACAAAUCUUACUUUCUCAGCAAAUCGAUCCAGAACCAAAUGUGAUAAUUCCCAUGAAUCAGAAGAAGAAAAGAAGACGUCGUGGGUAUAGGAAUUUAUGUGAUACUUAUAAAUGGAAAAGAAGACAAAAUGUAUGUAAGCGGAAACCUAAGGAAAUAUUUUUUGGUAAUGAUACAUAUCAUUAUCACAUGCCUACAAAAGGUGUGCAAGCAGACGAUCCAGUUGAGCCAAUGGAUAUUGACGACGUCUAUCUUUCUGCAGGGUAUGAAGUGAACGCAACUUUUAAUAAUGUGGGUCAAAUUUCACCUUCGAAUGUUGCAAAUAAUCCGAGAAAUAAAGAAAAUCGUCGCUAUAUUCGUAGGCGCAAAUGUUUAUUGAGUCCUUAUAAAUGUACAAAUACACAGAAACCACCUAAUCAAAAGUCAAAGAAGAUAGUUUACUGUAAUUGUGCAAAUCAUCACUUCAAUACAAAUGGACCGAAUGUAGAAGAUCCAAUUGAGUUCGUGAAUGUUAACGAUGUCAAUUCAAAUGUAGAUCAGGAAAGAGAGUCACCACAACCAAUGGACGUGGACUACGUCGGUUCCAAUGUAGAUGAUAUAUUACAAUUGCCUUGCGAUAACAGUAACUAUAUAAAUAAUGAAUCAUUUGUCUUAAAACUAACACAACAAAACAAUACCAACGUUCCAGUUCAGAUGAGACCCAAUAAUGAUGAAGGAAUAGGAGCUUGGAAAUAUAAUGAAUUCAAGUACUGUCGUUACAAAAAUAUUAUCAACGAAACUCCAUAUCAUAAUGAUCUGCACGCUAUAAUUCAUGAUGACACUUUCAACAACGCAAGUUUACGUCAAAAAAGGAAAGUUAACGGACGAAAAACUGUGUAAAAGUUUAAACUUGAAAUGCGGAAAAAAUUGUUAAAACACAAAAAUCUGAUAUCCAGUGUCAAGAUAGCGAAGUAAAAUAUUUACCUACAUGCUUAAGUAUUACAAUAUUUGACAGAGGAAAUACGAAGGAAUAUUUUGCAAAAGAUAUUCAAAAUUAAUGGCGACUCAACAAGUAACGUGAAAUCCAGCAAAAUUCUAACCAGAAAUAUAUUGAAUAUAUGAAAGAUUCUUUAGAAUAGUUAACAUAUAUAUAUUGUAAGAAAUCGAUAGAUAUGAUAUUAUUUAGAUUCGUCAGCUAAAUUUGUUGGUGUCUCAUUAAAUCUGAUGUAUUAAAUAAAUUAUCUUGAACACAAUCAUAA